AAUCGGGCCCCCAAUUGGAUUGAGUAUCAACCGCAGGCUCUUUUGGCUCCUUGCUUCUGGAGACGGACUCUGCAGGCUCAUCAUUAUCUGCAAAUCUGCCAAUCUCCCACGCUGGCCUCUCUUCCCUUCCGGUUCAAAGCGCCCAGCGGUGCCAACAUGGCGCCCACUCAAGCGGUGCAACACCACCACCGCUCCACCACCAAAUCCUCCAACAAGGCCUACAAGACUCGCCAUGCCUCGAAGAGUGCUCUGAAAGAUAAGGAGAAGGGCAAGGUCGAAAGGCCCGAGCGGGGCACCCGCAAAACCCCUCACCAACAGCUCAUGUCGAAACUCGAUCGGAGGAACCAGGCUCGCCAGAAACAGCAGCUGAAACAACAAGAGAAGGCUCAGUCGACCAGCAUCUUCUCCGGCCAGAACGGCGCCCCCCGCCAUGUCGCCGUUGUGCCGCUCACCGUCGAUAUUGAUGUCGCCGCCGUCAUCCGGUCCCUCAACGAAAGCGUCGACGUUACCACCGAUGUCUCCGCCGAUCAGAUUUCGCGUGUGCGCGUCGAGCGAUUCCGCCAGAGCCUGCAGUACAUUCCGGCCAAGUACGACCUCAUGAGCGCGCUGGAUGCGUGUCGGAUGGCCGAUUUUGUGGUGCUCGCGCUUUCCUCCCAGGUCGAGGUGGAGGAAGAAGGAGAAUUGCUGCUCAGAUCCAUUGAGGGUCAGGGUAUCUCCAACGUCGUUGCGGUGGUGCAGGGCCUUGAUAAGAUCAACCCACCCAAGAAGCGUCCCCAGGUUGCGGCAUCCCUCAAGUCUUUCGUCAGCCAUUUCUUCCCCUCCAUCGAAAAGGUUCUUUCUGUCGACUCCCGUCAAGAAUGCUCCAACGCGGUUCGCUCCUUGUGCACGGCGGCCCCCAAGGGUAUCCGCUGGCGCGACGAGCGCAGCUGGAUGCUUAUCGAAAAUGUGCAAUGGCCCGAGAACAGCGCCGAGGUUGUGGACGAUGUGGUCGUGACCGGUGUCGUGCGCGGAAAGGGCCUGAAGGCCGACCGUCUCGUUCACAUCCCCGGCUGGGGUGACUUCCAGGUCGCCUCUAUCACAGCAGCUCCUCUCGCCACGACGCGAAGCAAGCGGGACGAUGCGAUGAACGUGGAUGACAACGAGGCGCCGCAGCUCUUGGACUCGCCUACAGCGGAUCACGAUGACAUGGCCACCGUUGCUCCCGAGGAGAUCGAGAUGGAGGACGAUGAGUACUCCUUCGCUGGGGAGGAGCGCAAGGGUGUCCUCCUGGAUGACCACCACUAUUUCUCCGAGGAUGAGGAAGAUAGCCUGCCCAAGCCCAAGAGACUGCCCAAGGGUACUUCCAAGUAUCAGUCCGCAUGGUUCUUGGACAACAUCUCGGACUCGGGAUCCGACUGGGAGGAUGAGGAGGACGUUGCGAUGGGCGACGAUACGAUGGACACUGCCGGCGCCCCUGAGGACGGUGUGUUCCCGGACCACGGAGAUGCCAUGACGGAGGCUGGCCCCUCGGAAUAUCCCCAGUCCGAGAUGUUCGUUGAUCCGUCGCCCGAGGAUGAUGCCCGACAGCUAGAGGAGUACCGGGCCAGCCGCCGCAACGAGGCCGAGGAGGACCUGGAGUUCCCCGACGAGAUCGAGCUGCACCCGAACGUUCUCGCCCGCGAGCGCUUGGCCCGCUUCCGCGGUCUGAAGAACUUCAAGACCAGCCCGUGGGAGACCUCCGAGGACCGUGCGCACGAGCCCGAGGACUGGCGCCGCCUGCUCCAGUUCGCCGACUACAAGGGCGCGAGGAACAAGUUCCUCCGCGAAGCUCUCGUCGGCGGAGUCAACCCCGGCGCGCGGGUGGACGUGCGCCUGCGCGCUGUGCCCGCCGCCCUCCGCAGCCGCCCUCAACCCCUCUCCCUCUUCUCGCUGCUGCGUCACGAACACAAGCACACGGUGGUUAACAUCAACAUGCACCUCAACUCGAGCGUCGAGGAGCCCCUCAAGUCCAAGGAGGAACUGAUCGUCCAGUACGGCCCACGCCGCCUGGUCGUCAAGCCGAUCUUCUCCGCGGGCGACAACACCCCCAACAACGUCCACAAAUUCGACCGCUUCCUACACCCGGGCCGCAGCGCCGUCGCCACCUGGAUCGGUCCCUUGACCUGGGGCGCGGUGCCCGUGCUCGUCUUCAAGAGCAAGAAACCCACCGCCGCCGAGGACCCGGAGGAGAUGGCCGACGCCGCCGACGAAGAGGAGGAGGAGAGCCCCCGUCUCGACCGCCUCGAGCUCAUCGGCAAGGGCACGGUCAUCGCGCCCGACCAGAACCGCGUUGUCGCCAAGCGCGCCAUCCUCACGGGCCACCCGUACAAGAUCCACAAACGCGUCGUCACCGUGCGGUACAUGUUCUUCAACUCCGAGGACAUCCAGUGGUUCAAGGCCAUGCAGCUGUGGACCCGCCGCGGCCGCAGCGGUUUCAUAAAGGAGUCCCUUGGCACGCACGGUUACUUCAAGGCCACCUUCGAUGCCAAGAUCAAUCCCCAGGAUUCCAUCGGUAUCAGUCUGUACAAGCGGGUGUUCCCGCGGAAGGCGCGGACUCUGGAGGAGGUGGUUCACUGAACUUACCUACUUUCCAGACGUGUUGGGAUUCCUUGGCUAGAAUCGCCCAGGGGAUCUUAGGGGUGUGCGAGAGAGCACGAGAUAGAUUAUCUAUGAUACCACCGAACCUUUGUUUUGCUUUUUGAGGCAUAUGAACCAUUGAUGAUGAUGCUUAUGUCUGUGGAUUGAGACAGAAAUCCAAGUCAUAAAAUUUACAACAAAAAGUACAGUACAUCUUAGUUGCGUUGAACCAUUUUUUCCCCUUGGCAGGAUAGUUAUAGAUGGCAGGUCAGGCUUUAAUGAUGAGUUACGAGAUUUGCGUUCUUCUCUUCCCUCUCUUGAUUUUCGGGUUCUCAUCCUU